AUCCCGUCGCCUUUCCGUUUAACAUCUAUCUCUAGUUUAGUUCAUAGCAUUUUUAGAUUUUUCAACAAUAAAAAAAAAAAAAUAAAAAAAUACCACCCCACCUACCAUUUCAAAAAUCUAAACACUGGCAAUGCACGUGGCCCCCUUCGAACUGAACUAAAUUGUGAGUUAACAAGCGCUAAAUGGCAAACUCGAGAUCUUUGAAAAGCAGCAACUGGCCCGGAAUCUUGGACUCCAGACACGCGCUGAAGAAGUUUUUCCAGCCGAAGCACAGGCUGCCCCCGCUAAAUGCGGAGAUCCAGGAAAGACUGCCCACCUUUGAUCCGCCGAAUUUCGCGGGAGCUGCACCGAAACUGCGACCCCGAAUGAACUCCGACUGGCAGUUGGCCAGUGAUCCCUGUGAUCCCGCGAACGUCUGCGGACCCAAACGAGUGAAGGGACUGAGGGACCGCGAGCGGAAGAAGCUGGAGCGCAAGAUCUGGGCCAGGCCCGCCAAAAUUGUGGCCACCACCCCGGGCACGAGGAGUCCGGAGAAGCCGGAGGCGAGGAAGAAACCCGUUUCACCACGAAAGCUGGUCGGCCAAGCCAAAGCGAAGCGGACGAAGGUGAAUGCGGGGGUUCCGCUCAAGCGGAAGCUGCAUUCCCAACCCUUCUCCUUUCGAGCGCCGCGGCGCAAGAACAUCCUGGUCGUGGACGCCAAGAGGCAUCCGUGGAAGGAGCAGCUGGGGCAUUUGGCUGGCGGAGCGGAGGAGCUGCCGCAGGGAUCUGCAGCUGGGCGGGAGGCCGGCGGGCAGCGACCCGUCUUCAGGAAGACCUGUCGGGCUAAGAAGAAGUCCUUCGGCGUGCCGCUGUGCAGUCGGCCCACCGAGAUCAUGGGCGUGGGCCUGCCCUACUCCCGCCAGGUGCAGAUGCGGCAGGCGAAGCUCUACCAGCAGCCGGAGUACCACGACCAGUACAUGCGGAUGCUCUACCAGCAGCAGCGCCACCAGCAGAUGUACCGCCAGGAGAGGAUGCAGCAGGACUUUGUCCAGCACCCCUACUCCCUCAUCCCGGGAGCCUUCUCCGAGGAGCAGCAGCAGCAGCAACAGCAGCAGGAGCAGAGGAACGUCUACUCGGUGCCCUCCAAGUCGCCGCUGAAGCGAGUGAAAGCUGGAAAGCGGAUGUGCGGCAACUUUUACUACGACUAAAACGGUGGCGUGAUCAAUAAAAGACUGCCAGGAGCCUAA